AACCCAAAGAGACAAAAUGGUCAAGUGGACAGACUUCGAGCGUGCAGCCAUCCAGGACAUCUUCUCCAAGAUCGACUACGAUGUCGUUGGUCCUGCUGCUCUUUCCAGGUGUCUGGUGGUCUACCCCUGGACUCAGAGGUACUUCAGUGGCUUUGGAAACCUCUACAACGCUGCUGCCAUCAAAUCCAACCCGAAGGUCGCCGCCCACGGAAGAGUGGUCCUGCAGGGUCUGGUGCAGGCCGUCAGCAACAUGGACAACAUCAAGGCCGCAUUUGCAGAUCUGAGUGUGCUGCACUCCGAGAAACUGCAUGUGGACCCUGGAAACUUCAAGCUCCUGGGCGACUGCCUGACCAUUGUGAUUGCCAGUCAGCUGGGAAAAGACUUCACAGCUGAAGUCCAGCAAGCGUUCCAGAAGUUCCUCAACGUGGUGGUGGCCUCCCUGCAGAAACAGUACUACUGAGGAGAACGUCC